AUGGAGGCAAAGCUGUUAGGAUUCGCCUCUCCUGGUGUAGUAAGCCCCAGUAAUUCCAAGAUUUCAAGAUUAAGUACCCCUUUUGUCCGCCAAAUAUGGCACAAAAAUAGCAGCUUUUGCUGUCAAAAUUCAAGAUUUCCUAAGCAGGGUGUUAAGUUAAUUCAAGCCUCUGCCAUUUCCGUUGGAUUGACACCGAAAAAUAGGGUAGACGAGACUGAGAGCUAUACUCUUGAUGAGACAUAUAAUCCUGAUGCUUUUUCCAUGGAUGGAUUCCAUGGUUCUUUGGUUCAGUACAUGGUCAAAGAAACUGAAAAACUUCAUGCUAAGGUUGGAAGAUACAAGAGCCCGGAUGAGCAUCCUUUCUUCCCUGAUGAUUUACCUGAACCAAUGUUGCCUCCUCUGAAAUACCCGCAGGUUUUACAUCCAGCCUCAGAUUCAAUAAAUAUAAAUGUCAAAAUAUGGGAUAUGUACUUCCGGAAUCUUCUCCCCAGAUUAGUUAAAGAGGGUGACGAUGGUAACUGCGGAUCAGCAGCAACUUGUGACACAAUUUGCUUGCAGGUUCUGUCGAAAAGAAUACAUUAUGGUAAAUUUGUGGCAGAAGCAAAAUACCGAGCCUCCCCAGAUGUCUAUAAUGCUGCCAUUAAAGCACAAGACAAAGACCAAUUGAUGGAUUUGCUAACAUAUCCAACAGUCGAAGAGGCAAUCAAAAGAAGGGUCGAAAUGAAAACCAGAACUUACGGGCAAGACCUGACUGUAGGCGUAGGUGUAGAUGGAACCGAUCCAGUUUACAAAAUUAAUCCAAUCCUAGUUGCCGAUCUAUAUGGGGACUGGAUCAUGCCAUUGACAAAGGAAGUGCAAGUUCAGUAUUUACUGAGAAGGCUUGAUUGA